UUUAUUUUAUAUAGUCUGUGAAAAGUGGUCAAAGUGGUUGAUUGUUCGUUGGAUUUUGGUCUCCGCUGUCCGCAAACGUGAAAUAAACACUCGCCUGAAAAGGGCCAUGGCAAAGGACACGCUCCUCGAAACUGAACUGAAUAAACAUAAAUAGUCCGUGUUUAAUUUUCGUCAAAGAAACUCAACAUGGAAAUUGUCGACGUUGAAGAAUGCCAGCCCGACCCAACAGCGGUCACAAGAAAGAAAAGUUUAUGGGCUAAAAUUAACAAUAGGACAACUUACAGUUAUUUAUUUAACAUCGUAGUAUCAAUACUGUUGCUCACAUGCCUGGUUCUAGUGCUGUAUUUUUUCAAAGAAUAUUUGAAGACGAUUUUGUACUGGGUGGACGCACAAGAUCCGUGGAUAAUAUUUUUGUUGUUUAUGGGUUUAUUUUUGAUCGUGAGUUUUCCAGUGACUAUAGGUUACUUAGUGUUGAUAAUAACUAGUGGAUAUUUGUUCGGGAUCGUGAAGGGGUUGGUGACAGUGCUGGUGAGCGCGAACUUUGGCGUGGCGGUGGCGCACUUUACGCUGAAGGCGCUCCGUAACUACCUACCCCUGGACCGGCUGCUGAAGAACGAGACGGCGCGAGCCCUGCUGAAGGUGAUCUCGGGCCCUCAAGCCUUCAAGAUUGUAUUUUUCGCGCGCCUGACGCCAAUACCUUUUGGAUUGCAGAACACUAUAUUUGCGGUGAGCGACGUCCGUGGCUGCGGCUACCACCUGGCGACCAUGCUGGGGCUGCUUCCCGCUCAAGUCAUCAACGUGUACCUCGGCUCCACGUUGCGGUCCAUGCACGAUGUGCUGCACGAGUCCCAUCUCACUGGAUACGUCGUGUUUGCUUUUCAGAUCCUGAUCGGCAUAACACUGAUGGUAUGGGUGGUGCAGAAAGCGCGCAAAGAGCUAACGAUAGCCAUUAUGGCGGCUGAGCUCGGACGGGAGACGAUAUCGACAUCCAGCAGUUCCUCUAUCAGCUAGCCCACGCCCAGGGCUUCCACCGAUGUGGACAGCGUCUCCGAGGAACCCACGAGCUAGGGCUGGCCCUACGCCUGCUUCCGACACACGUUCGAAGCCCGCGACGAAACUUACGUAUGAAAAGGGUUAGUAGCAACCCUGUGAUAUUAUAUUAUAAUCGCCAUGUUACCUCCAAGAGGACUAGUUUAACUGAUAUAUGGGGAUUAGAUGUUUGAUAUUUAUAAGACUUUCCUUGUAUUGGUUACCUAUAGGUUUAGUACUGAAUCUCGCUCAGGACUGACGGGUGGGAAGUGGUGAGAAUUGGCACGUCUUAGGAGCUGAAGUUUUAGUUUUCGAAUGGACACGCUUCAUUGAACGAAGCAGUAUCUUAGAACGAGUCUAUAAUCCGUUUGUAAUUGAAAAAUCGAACGUAAGAUUAAUCAACGAUUGUACUCAAUGGCCACCGUCGCGUCGCAGACAUUUUAAUUUGAAAUAACGAGGAAAUAUCGUUUUAUUUUACUAAAUUACCUAUUUAAUCCGUUGGUAAAUAAACAAUUAAUACGGAAAACUGAGGUAUAAUAUACAAUUUGAGUGACCCAAAACGUGGAAAAGUUACAGUAAAGAUAAUAAAAAUUACAAACAAUACAGCGAUUAGCGCAGAGUUCAUUUUAAUUUGGGAAUCCCAGCUUUUGUAAUAAACACAAAUAGAACUUAUUUUCGCUGAUCUCAUCGUGAUGCAUAAAGAAAAACAAAACUUAUCUCUUCUGAUAUAAAACGUUUGGAAAGAAUCCAAAAUGUAUUCGUUUAAAAACAAGGUGACUUAAAAUUAGGAUGGAUUUAAUUCAACGACAAAUUAAAGUUGAAUAACCUACACUUUAGAAUCGAGUAAUCGGUCUUGAUUUGGACUCGAUUAUCGUAAUCGGUAAUCGUGUAAAACAAUUAAUACUGCGGCUGUAUAAGUAUACGCAGUUGAGGUUCAUAGAUAAAAAUAACAGUUUGGAUUUAAUUAAAGGCUGAUAUGGAAUAUUGUCAGUAAUGUAAAUUACAAACCAGAUUUUUUCGGCAAAAUCAGAAGCUUAAAUUAUCUAACAACUAUUUUUCCUCCGGAAACAUUUGUCGAGACAUUUGAGUAAAUCUUUAUUGACAUUGGCAACCAUUUCUUUAAAAGUUUUGGUCUUGAGUACAAUCGCUGUCAAAAUUCUUAAAAAUAUUUUGGGUUUGCAACAAUUUCCAAAAAGAACUGUAAAAUAAUAAAAAUGCUCAAACCGCAAAUCACCAAUGACUUUGCAAUAGAUACUGAUAAUAUUUAAUCAAUGAACUAGUUACUCAAUCAUUGCAAUAGCACUCGUAUUUUUAUCAACUGAUAAUAAUUAGUUCUAACACGAAGCGUGAAGGUCGGGACAAGGUCUGUUGUACGACGGAACCAAAUAGCUUAAGUCAGUUGCACAUUUAAUUGUAAACUCUAUGGUGUCUAUAUAGAGUCCACUUUGAAGUAAAACGCUAGCUAACAGAUAAGUGGAGAUACCUCAUUCCGUUAAGUCAGCGGGAUGUACAAACACGCAUGUGGGAUAUCAUUCUGAUAAUGGCAAUAACUGCCUCGGAUGCCCCGAUAAGCCAUUCGAUCGUCGAUCACACUUCACAAUAUGGCGUAAUUAUUACACCGAAAAAUCAUCAAGUACUUAAUAAAUCUCGAAAUUUGACCGGAAUCAGAUAUCUCCUUCAAUGAUUUUCUACUCUACAAUAGUUUAAGGGAAAUCAAAUAAUGUGUGAAUUGUACAUAGUCGGUAGAUUUUCCAGUUGGGUACCAGAUGUAGACGAUUUAUUUUUCAACGAUAUUUUCAGCAAAUAAAAUACUUUUCGGAAUUUAUAUUGGUAGUGUUUAGUAUUAAUGUUGUUGCCAAAUUUUAUCGCAGACAAAUGAGUUUAGCAUUUUUAAUUAUUACUAGCUGGUGCCCGCGACUUCGUCUGCGCAGGUUUAGUAUUUCGAACAAUAUGUUUACAAAUUGUAGCCUAUGUGUUAUUCUGAUGUAUAAGCUAUAUUAUUGUAAAGAUUCAUUAAAAUCCAUUCAGUAGUUUUUGCGUGAAAGAGUAACAAACAUCCAUACAUCCAUACAUACAAACUUUCGCGUUUAUAAUAUUAGUAGGAUUUUUCUAUAAUCUGAUUUAUUACUCUGUUGCUAUUAGUCAAAUCGAGGGAUAAUAUAAAAUGUAGACGUCAAAUGACUGCAGAUUAGAGAUACAAUAUACAUCAGAAUAAGCACACUAAAAUAUAAUUUAUUACAAAGGAAAGAUUCUAAACAUUCGGUUCGUCACGAUAAUUUCAUAUAAUUUUUUCCGACAUUCAUCAUGUGCUAGAAACUUGUCAAUAAAACUGACGCAAGCACCAGUUUGUUUGUUUAAAUGUUCAUAAACGUAAAAGUGUUUGCUUGUUUGCUGGCUGGCAGUAACAAUAUGAGAUCUCUAAAGACCAUAGAUAAUUUCUAAUAGCUAUGUCGCAGUUUACUUAACUAGUGCUGUCAUUAACGUUUGAACUAAUGUGUAAACUUAUAAACGACUAUUAAAAGAUAGUUACAAGAACGUUUUGUUAGACAAGUAAAGGUCUUAAAAGUUAGUGUUCGUGUUCAGUAAACCAAGGUAAUUUUACAGCGAUAAAUAAAAUUAACGAUUACAUUUUCCACUGUUAUUCAAUUUGCAGAAAACACAUUUCGUUUCCAUGGAAAUUUAAUUUUUAAUUUGGUACUAUAGCGCAGCCAUUGCUUUUAUUUAACGAGAAAAUACAUCAACACGCGUACAUAGUACCUAUGUUUAGCGAUCUGUUUCGUGGAUCUAAUUGCGUGACUCGCGUGCUCUACCACUGUAUACUAACAACAUAACAAUUUGCAUUAUUUCACUUUAUAAUAUUCAUUUUAAGUGUACACGAAUUAACUUAACAGCUCUUUCUAUUUUUGAAAUCAAUUUGUGACGUCCAUCAUUCAAUUUUGAUAUACAAACUUUUUACACUGCCAUUUUGUUAGUCACACAAAAAUAAAUUUAAAAAAAAACGCUAAACUCUUUUGUCUGUGACAGUACCAAUGCAUUCUUUUGAUGCCAAUACGAUGUAUUAUAAAAAGUAUUCGGCAUUUAUUCUUAUGAAAUGGAGACUAAUGUACAGUCGCGUACAGCGAUGUUGAGGAAGUUAAGUAUUAGUGUACGUAAUGUUAUGAACAUGUAUGGUACAUCGGUAGUGUGGGUAUUUUCUAUAUAAACCUACUCUAAAUUAACUAUUAAUCCGCCACCGAAAUUUUAACCAGACUAAUGUUUGUUUUCAUGAUUUUUUUAUAUAUCCGAAAAAAAAUCAAUGAAAUAAUUACUAUUUAUGUAUGCUUAUGUUUUUAAUACAAGUUAAUCAAAAUUGUAUGUGCAUUGUGCAAUAUUGUUAUGAGAUUCUGAUCUCUGAGUUUCUCUUUUUUUGAAUGUAUUUUACUGGUUUACCUUCUUUUUCGAUUACAUAGUGUUUUGUGAUAUUAUAUUAUGUGUUCACUCUUAUCAAGUCGAGUCAAAUUGCUUAUGGAUUUUUGUUAGUCAUAAUAAUAUGUAAUUGUGUAUACAAGCAUUUUCCUCUUACAUAGUCUUACCAAAACAGAUUAAACUUGUUAUAUUUUUCAGUCAACAAAACUUAAUAAUAAAGCCGAGUAUGUAAUUUUAAAAAUAAUAUUUAAUAAAAAAAAAACAAUCCAUUAUAAAUUAUUCUUCCUACAUAACCUAAAGACUGAUUUUCGUUUGUAUUUUCUUUCCUAUAGGACCUACAUUUGAGUACUUUUUAGGCAAGGAAUAUUUAUUUUGAAAUUUUAAAUUAUGAAUUGUUUUAAAUCGCGAUUUCUUAUCAUUAUUUAGUAGUUUAAUGCUAUGAUAUAUUUUCCUUUAAAAUUGUAUAUAAUUUCGCUCUUGUAUAACAGAAAAUAUUUUUUAUUUACAAAUUGUAUUUGGGAUUAUUUUUCAAAAAAAUAUAUUUAUCGUGUAAUUGUAUCUAUUUUCAUCAUAAUUCAUUGUAGUUAUAGGAUCAGUAAGUAUUUUUGUAUUUCAAUCGAUGUUUGAAGUCACUUUUCCCAACUCUGUAAGUUACAGAAAAGGUGAUGAUACUUUUUUGACUAAUUAUGUUAUUAACGAAAUAUUAAUAUUCUCUUUAUUUAACACUCUGAAGCCUAACAUCGAACAGUGCCAUUUUAUUUAUUUUAUUAAAAUAAUCAGAACAGCUUCUUAAAAGAAUCACCCACUUGGGUUAUUUUCUGCCUACCGCCUGGUAUUGUUGCAUAAAGGUAACAUACUCAAAAAUAAUAGUUUUGGAACUUGCGUAUAUGCAAAAAUGUACUUGUUUCAGGACUUCGUGUUUUGAAAUAAAUGCACAUUUUUGCAUUAAAACGGUAAAAAUUGGAACUAUGAGAAAUUCUUGUCUAAUUAUUUUCUAAUUUUAUAAUACUAUCUAUAUAUUUAAGUUGCGUGUGUUUCCAAUUUCUUGUAACGAAAAAUUACGCUGCUACCCAAACACGAUGUCUCUUUCAACCUUAUAAAUGUUCAGUUCAUUAAAACACAAUUGAUUACAUUGUAUUCAAUUAAUUUGUUUGUAAAUAAUUAAAAUCAAACAUAGUUUGUUCAUGACCUGUGCCAAAUUAUUUUUAAAUUUUAUUUUUGCUAAUAUUAUUGUGGUAAUUUCUCACAUUGUUGGGUCUUAGCCAGAAUAUUUCAAGGAUUUCGUUUUAUUAAGUUAUUGUGGAUGGAAGACAUGUGAAACGUUGACCGAGCGAGCUGGCCGGUUCAUAUUUCCAUUUAUCCAUUAGUGUUACAUUUCGCUGUUUAAAUACCUUCCUAUUAUAAAUUUCGAAAUGAGGGUAGAUCGAAAAAACGUUCCAACAAUUCACUGAAUGCCUUUUCGUAAAAGGCUAGUUACUCCAUAAUGUUUAUUGCUUUCGAUCUACCAGCAUGGGUCUAUGUCUAAUAACUUCUUCAAAAACAUUUUUAUACUUUAUUAAAACUUUGUAAAGGUGUGAUGCUUAAAAAACUAUACCUAUGCUCAGAAACUUUGAAAUUAUUUCACUAUUUUUGUAAUAAUAAACUUAAUAUAGUGUAAAAUAUAAUGCAUUUAUUGUUAACGAAUUUAUUUUGUGUUAUUUUAAUAAUAAAUCCCACUGUUAUUAUUUUUAAUACUUGUUGUAAAGUACGUAGCGAAUCACUUCGAUAUUGUACAAUAUGAAAUGGUUAAAAAGGAGCCUUAUACUAGAUGUAAUAAAACAUUCUCUAUUA